GCCCUUCUCCUCGGCGCUCUGACCGCCGGCGGAGGCAUCACAGGCUACGUUCGCACUGGCUCCAUCCCCUCGGUCGCCGCCGGCGUUACGGUCGGCCUGCUCUACAUCCUCGGCGGCUUGCGCAUCCAGAACCGCAACCCCUAUGGCGUUGAGCUCGCUCUCCUUGCGUCCAUUGUGCUCGCUGGCAGCUCGAUUCCCCGCGCAAUCAAGUCUGGCAAGCCACUGCCCAUUGGGCUGAGUCUGUUGGCUACUUUCGGAUUGUAUACUUUCGGC